CCUGUUCAAGUUAGAAAAUGGCAAGGACUUAAGCAAAAAUUAAUAGAAGCUUUGCUCCAUGUUCGGAGAUUAAGUAAUGGCUUUCGUCCAAAGUACCCAGAACUUGAAGUGGUUUUAAGUCUAUGGGUUAGAGAGUUACGUCAAAGUUUGAAAGUUGUAACACGAGCAAUGAUACAAUUAAAAGCUAAAGCUUUAUCACAUCAUUCAGAUAUAAAUAUGGAAGAUCAUCAGAGAAUCGAGAAUAUAGAAACAUAUUUUAGUCAAGAAAAAGAAGAUAGUAUCGAAGAAUAUGAAGAUGAUUACUAUGAAG